AUGGACAUUGGUGGAAGGCGAGCACUCUCAUCACUGCGCCCUUACCGUGCCUUUCUCUACCCAGGUGUGGAUAUCCACAAGCACACAUGGGUAUCACCAGACGCCCGCACCAAGAACCAGAUCGAUCAUGUGGCCGUGUGUAGAAAGUUUAGAAGAUCAGUACUAGACACCCGUGCAUUUCGUGGAGCCGAUAUCAACAGCGAUCACCACCUAAUCAUCGCAAAGAUCAAGUUGCAGCUGUGUAGAGUUGAGAAGAACAAAAACAGAUUAAGGAAGUACAACACGGCCAAGCUCAAAGUGCCUGAGGUGGCGCAGAGUUUUAAAAUCGAACUUCGGAGCAGAUUUAGCUGCCUAGCAGAUGAUGAGGCCAAUAACAGUGAUGAUCAUGCUCAAGAUGUGGAAAAUGACUGGAAGAAGAUUAAGCAAACUUACCAAAAAACAGUUGAAAAGGAGGUGAAGAAACAGUUCAAGAAAGACAAGAAUGACUGGGUAGAGAAGGUCGCCGAGGAAGCACAGAAAGCUGCAGAGCAGGGCCACCUUAAAACAGUUUAUGACGCUACCAGGAAACUGUCAACCAAGAAGGGCAAGACCAUGGAUAUGAUAAAGAGCAAAGAGGGAGUACUGCCGACAAAACAAGACGAAAUUCAAAAACGAUGGAAGGAGCAUUUCCUUAAAGUCUUGAAUCGUCCAGCACCAGAAGAUACAGGAGAGUUUGAUGACGAGGAUGUAAUUCCUGAAUCUGAAGCAAUUAUUGACGUUGAUGCACCAACAAAGACUGAAAUCUAUGCAGCCUUUAAGGAGAUGAAGAACGGAACUGCAGAUUUGGAAACAUCUGUGGAUGUCUUACACUACUUCUUGCAUAAGGUGUGGGAGCAAGAACAAAUACCCAAGGACUGGCAAUGGAGAUUGAUAAUGAAACUACCAAAGAAAGGCGAUCUCACCGAAUGCAACAGUUGGAGAGGCAUAACGCUUAUGGUGGUUGCAGCAAAAGUUCUAGGCAGAAUCAUAAUUACACGAAUGCGGGAUGGAAUUGAUAAUAAAUUGCGCCAAGAACAGGCAGAUUUCAGGAAGGGCCGCGGUACAACGGAACAAAUAUUUAUACUGCGCAAUAUCAUUGAACAGUGUAUUGAAUAG